AUGGCGUGUCUUGGCGUUGGUCAAUUGGAUAAUGCUUUGAAAUACACCGAACUUAUUUUGAAAGGUAAUUCCUCAGCUGUUAAUGAAGCUGAUUGUCAAUAUCGUUUAGGAUUAAUUUAUUUACACAAAGACGAUUACGAAACUGCUCUUAAGUUUUUUGAGAAGGGACUGAAACUUUUCGUAGAAGAUAAAGAUCAUUUAGAAACCUUAUCAGUUCUACAUUAUGGAAUGGGUAAGGUUUACCUAUCGACAAAUGAUUAUCUGUUAUCAGCAAAACACUUCCAAUUGGCACUGGAGAUAAUGAAUUUAUUAAAUGAAGAUGACUUUGAUCCUGAUAUAGGUGUCGUAUACUGUUCAGUAGCUUCACUCUAUUCAGACAUUAAAGAGUAUGAUAAAGUUCUACAUUAUUGCUUUAAAGCUAUAGAAAUCUACAAAAAGUAUUUACCGAUUAACCACUCACACUAUACCUAUCCAUUCCAUCUGUUAUCAGGAGUUUACUACGAACGAGGAAACUUAGAUUUAUGUAUUGAAUACUCUAAAAAACGUCUGCAACUGGAAGAGAAACCAUGGAAAGAUGAUGGAACAGCAUUUGACAUUAAUAUGUGGCUUGGCAAAUGUUACUCGGAUAAAGAAGAUCUUACGAAUUCAUUGAAAUAUUUUAAGAAAGCAGCCGAAAUCUGUGAAAAACGUAUGACUCCAUUAUUAGGGAAGAUAAGUGUCGGGCAGAUUCAUAGCGUAAUUGGAAAUUUGUAUAUACUGACAACGCAAUACGAUUUAGCUAUAAAACAUUUAAACAAAUCACUUGCUAUAAGGAGAGCAAAUCCCGAGGAAGUACUUGAAACUAGAGAGAUAGAUACACUCGAUAGACUUGCUGAAUGUUAUCAACGAAUAGAUAAUUAUGAAGAAAGUUACAAAGUUUCGAGCGAGGCAUUAGCUCUCGAAGAUGAUAAUUCUCACGUGGGAAGCAGAGUAGCGAAAAUAGUACGUGUACUUACAACAAUCGGUGCAGAAUACGCUGCUACCGACACUCUUGACUUGGCUAUCAAAUGGUUGGAACGUAUAUUUGAUGUGGAUAAUCAAUAUCCAACAUUGACUACGAAAGAAGAUUUAGCUAGCACACAUGAGCAAGUGAGUGGUAUGUAUGCGGAGAAGCACGACUUUACUAGGGCAAUAGAACAUCUCAGUAAGCAGUUGGAUCUAUUAGUUCAAUCCAAUAAAGCCAGCAGAGAACAGAGAUCAGAGAUUCACCAGUCACUGGCUUGCCUGCAUGAGCAAAAAAAUGAUUUUUCGUCGGCCAUAGAUCACUAUAAGGUUGUAUUGACAUUGCAAAAUCAAAGCUUGGCCGCUGACUGCUCCGAUUCUCCAGAGUCCAGCAACUCCAAUAGAAAACGGCUUCUGUGUGAUCUAACACAGACUCAUCAUUCAAUUGCUGGCUGUCAUGAAAAACUGUUCGAUUACACAACCGCUUUAACUCAUUACCAAACGGUUUUAGAUUUAAAAGUAGCUAAGCGGUCUUUGCUUAAUGAUGCAUACAUUAGCCUUGCAACAAUAUACGAAAGUAGUGGUCCAGAACAAAAUUAUCGACUAGCUAUAAAACAUUAUAAAAAGUUAGUGGUAAUGAAAUCAAAGAACUAUGCAGAAAAUAAGUCAAUCAUCGCCGAUUGCUACACUAGUAUUGCUUGGAAUUACUGUCAUCUAAAAGAUACUCAAUUGGGCUUUGAUUAUUGUGACAAAGCAUUAAAAAUUUAUAAGGAAUGUUUGGAAAGCGAGGGUCAUUCUAGCUAUGCGCCCUUCUACGCCACAUUCGCAUGUCUCCAUUAUCAAAUGAACAAUUAUGAAAUGGCAUGGAUCUAUUGUGAUAAAUCUAUAGCUGUAUUAAAAGAUAGUUUUCCGAUCGAAAAGUACCAAUAUUCAUUCUAUGCUUGGAUUUAUGAAGUUUACGGCUUGAUCUACCUUUGUUUCAACGAUAAACACUUAGCAACUCUGUCCUUUAAAGAAUCCUUGAACUUAUUUCAACAACAACAACCUUAUCCUAAGAAGGAGAUCAAACGUCUCAGGCAGAGAAUUUAUGAACUUCGAUUGCAUUUACACAUGGAAGACGAAAUACAUGAACCUGUGAGGAAAAAGCUGAAAGUUAAGUGA